AUGAUCUUGCCAGGCUCGUUGCCUCGAAGCAGCUGGACGGACGUUUCCGCGCCAGACCAUCAAUAUCAACCGUCGAUUGCUCGAUAUGGAGUCAAGUUCAUAAGACUAUUCGCAGCUUAGUAUACACCGUCUUGACCCACUUGCCCAUGGCGGAUCCAAUGGAGCUCGCAAACGCGCAGGCCGCUGUGCAGGCCGUGAACACCCUUGCUGCGAGGCCUCUGAUAGAUGCAGCCAAGACUCUUCUAGGCUGGACACCAAGCGGGAGCAAACAAGACGCAGUCAAGCAAUGCGUGCGGAACAUGUUGGGGUGCCAGUGGGCUUACGUCGAUGCGUUGCAGGACAAUUUCAACAAACCCGGUGAGGAAUUCACCGUGAAGAUGAAGAAGUGUCUGGAAUCAAACAACUUCCGCGAGCUGGCCGUGGCAGCCAAGGCCUUCGGCAACAGGAUGAAGGACGCAGAGGCUCGCGUGCUCGACAUUGGGGCGGCUCUUAUUGGGCGGCCCUUCCUGCGGCAGAGCAUCCACCAGGCGGAGAGGCAGGUCAAGGAGGGCGAGCGGAAGAUGCUCGUCACAACCAGCGGUGUCGUUGCGGCGGGAAUCAUGUGUGGGGUCUUGGGGGUCGCAGUCGCCGUCGACAUCAUCUGCCCCACCGGCGGCCUCGUCACAGCUGGCACAGCCGCCGCCAUGGGCAUCGCUUUCUCUGCGAUGGUGCCACUCGCGUUCAUGGCUAGCGGCGCCGGCAUGGGCCUGCUGCUAGCCAGCAUCGGCGCGGCAACGAGCUUGCACACCAAGGAGCGCACCGUGCUGGAGUCCAUCGCCGCUGCGGACAAGAACCAGACCGACCUGGCACAGAAGUGCAUGGCUGCCAGCAACAUUGCCGUUAUCCUGCAGACGUGCUUCAAGAAGCUCGCUAGCUUCGCUGGCAGGGUGGAGCGUGCAGCGGCGCAGGGUGCCGACGCCGUGCGCAAGGUGCUGCCGACGGCGGUCCCCGAGAUAAAGCUCGAUAGCGGCAUUCGGCUGGAACUGCAGCAGCUGCUGAGCAACGGGCUCGAGACCUACAAGGUCGACAAUGACUGGCUGACACGACAGGCGGGGCCUAAGCAGGAGGCGGAAGCACUGUACAGCGAGGCCGUGCGCAUGCCAGGCGCCAACGUGGUUGGCCACGUGUCCGUGCUCAACCGCUCCGGGGAGGCCAUCCAGGUGCGCCUGGCGCGGGCCAACUGCACCUUGGGCUAUCCGCGCCACCUGGAGCCCAACGAGCUGUAUGCCGUGCUCCCCCCAACCGGUCACUUGCACUUGGCGGUGGUGUACGACAUCGAGCUGUACGUGAGGGGCGAGCGCGUGCUGAAGGAGCCGACCGUGGGCUGGGACAACCACUACGUCGCGUAUCGCCGAGAUGCGGACCAGAAGCUAGCCCUUGUAUGCCGCAAGGCACUGCAGCAGUUCCUGCCCUGACAUGCAUCCGUGCUUGCGGUGUAGUAGGGGGGCGGCAAGCGGCGGUGAGUGUGGAGGGCAGAUGGGGGUGGGGCGCAGGGGACAGUGCAUCCGCCGGGGGCCCACAACGGGCCUGAUGCACGUGCGCGUCGAGGAGUUAUACAUACGCGUGAACCACGAGAACAUACGAACGAGAUUGGGGUGCUUUGCCUAUGUUGCUGGGCUGCUGGGCGUUUGUAGUGCCAGUGAGGACGUGCCGCACGCAAUGCUGUUUAAGGAAAGUGGAUGGGCCUGAGUAUGUAGUGCAGCGGCAUACGCAGCUAAGAACCGGCACGUCUUCGAGGACAAGAGACGUCAGCAACAGGGCCUGUGUGCGUCAGAGUGUUGGGGUUAUUGUGGGAUGUCUUGGUGUGACUUCCAAGGUCCAUUCGGUGUGCGUAUGUAUGAGCACGGCAAGGUGCUGUCACGCGAUAGCGGGUGACUCGGUAUAGCGUGUGACGAGGUGGGUUUCAGACCGUGUGUCCCUAGGGUUGUGGCGAAUUGUAUACCGCAUUGCGUGGCCAUCAGGCGAACGGACCAUGCUGUGUCCCGGCUUCCUGCGAGGCAUCUUAGCGUAUCUUGCCCAGUGUGGUAACAGGCAUUGCCGUUAGCUGUUAAGACUUGUGAGCUGGAGAACGGCAGCUUGGUUCGUGGAUGACGUGAGCUGUUAGGCAGAGUGCGGCCAUGCGGCCAAGAUGCCGCUGAGUCGGCCCUUACCUGUGUGUGUGUGUGUGCUCAAACCACGCUAUGUGAGUUUGAGCUCUCAAGCCUACUGCUAGUGAGCGAUUUCAGAACUAUCACAUCAACGAACAAACACUGACAGCGUGGCCGCUGAGUGUAGCACAACUGUGAGCGAAAGCGUCUAUGCCAGCUCCGUCUUCAACUGAGCUGUUUGUAAAUCGAUUCAGGA